UGGACUAGGUAUACGAGAUUUGUUAAGGAAAUGUGACAAGGGGGGCAAUUUUGUGUCAAAAUUGCGUGACCUUGUUUAUGGAUGGCCCCUUUAGAAUAAAUGAUAAUACAGAAGAAAUCAUUUUUGACUCCUGGUUGAGUAAAGGUGAAAUUCGGCGAGCGGAACAAAAGUUGCAAGUACACAUCGCGCCGGGGAGUGUUGCGCCGGUGCACCAGUGUGCGCUAAACUAGGGCGAAGCAGCAGUAGCAUACGAACACAAACCCUCAAAAGGACUCAAAGAUGAACACCAGUCAGGGCACGGUGGGUAGUGACCCAGUUAUCUUGGCAACAGCGGGGUAUGACCAUACGGUGCGCUUUUGGCAGGCACACAGUGGCAUCUGCACUCGGACUGUCCAACACCAGGACUCUCAGGUCAAUUCUUUAGAAAUCAUGCCGGACCGCAGCAUGAUUGCAGCUGCAGGGUAUCAACACAUUAGAAUGUAUGAUCUCAACUCUAAUAAUCCUAAUCCUGUCAUUAAUUAUGAUGGUGUCAGCAAAAAUAUCUCUUCAGUUGGUUUUCAUGAAGAUGGCCGGUGGAUGUACACAGGUGGGGAAGACUGCAUGGCACGGAUUUGGGACCUUAGGUCACGCAACUUGCAGUGUCAAAGGAUUUUUCAGGUCAACGCACCCAUCAACUGCGUCUGCUUGCAUCCAAACCAGGCUGAAUUGAUUGUGGGGGAUCAGAGUGGUGUUAUUCACAUUUGGGACUUGAAAACGGAUCACAAUGAGCAGCUUAUUCCUGAGCCUGAUGUCUCCAUCAACUCGGUCCACAUUGAUCCUGAUGCAAGCUACAUGGCAGCUGUUAACAGUUCGGGCAACUGCUAUGUGUGGAAUCUUACAGGAGGCAUCGGAGAGGAGGUCACACAGCUGAUCCCCAAGACAAAAAUCCCGGCCCACAAGCGUUAUGCUCUGUGCUGCAAGUUUAGUCCAGACUCUACGCUUCUUGCCACUUGCUCAGCUGACCAGACCUGUAAGAUAUGGAGAACAUCUAACUUCUCCUUGAUGACGGAGCUAAGCAUUAAAAGCAAUAACCCAGGUGAAACAUCACGAGGCUGGAUGUGGGACUGUGCCUUCUCGGGGGAUUCCCAGUACAUCGUAACAGCGUCCUCGGAUAACCUGGCCAGACUGUGGUGUGUGGAGACGGGGGAGAUAAAGAGGGAGUAUAGUGGUCACCAGAAGGCCGUUGUUUGCCUGGCUUUCAAUGACAGUGUGUUGGGCUGAAGUGUGUGCCCAUAUCUUUCCUUGAGUCUGCGCUAUAUAAGAUAUCUGCUGCUGAUGAGGUGAAGAAUGGUGGACUUUAAAAGAUGGUCACGUUGACGUUUACAGGCCAGAACUGGUUCAGCAGAAAUAGGACUUUUUGCAUACUGAUCUACAGUGUAAUUAAGUGCCCUAGAGAUCAUCAUUCUUCACCAUGUGUGUGUACAGUACAUGUUACUGUGCACAUUUGCAUGAGUUUUUGUCUGGGUGAGUAUGCUCGACUUUGUAUGUGUACAUACUGAUGGGUGACACAGUGUUCACAUUGGUGUCCACAAGUGUCCCUCUGUGUAAUUGUGCCUGCCCCUCAAUCCCUAUACACAUUUCUGUAGGAGAAGGCAUGCUCCUUUGCCUCUUGCUACACUUCUAGUGUGUUUCUUCCAGCUUGUGUGCACGCCUUACUUUGCCAUAAAAGCACAACACAGUAGAUCUGGUUUUUGACAAGGCUGACACAUAGCACACAGAACAAACAACACUGACACACACUUAACAACUUUAUUGUGUUACACUUGCAGUGAUGGCACAUGGGCAGAAGGAGAUCUUUGUUCAUUCUGGGAGGUAAUAGAAGCAGACAGAGACACAGAUAUUGCUGGGGAAGCAGAUGUCUAGGCAGAAAUAAAUUAACCUUUGUCUUCCUGGGCCUGUAAAGGACAAACGAGAAGGUCACUUCAAGAUAAGCACAUCAGAAACAGUACCUUGGCCCAGGGGCAACCAUGAUCUGUCAGCAUGGGUUUAAGGUUUCAUUGUAUCAUGCUGUAGUGUUGUACUGGCUACUGUGAAUAUGUUGAUACUGUCCUAUGACUGGGACAUACCAACACAGCUCGGGCUGAUCACUGUAGAGAAGGAGCAGAUCAUAAUAAUUACUAGACAUGUCAUGUAAGGUUCUAACUGUUCUGGAAAGUUUCUUGUAUCUAAUACUAGCAGAAGCAUUUUUUGCCAUUUUGCGUCUGACCUCUGUAAUAUAAUCCUGUUUGUCAGAGCAUGCUCUGCGGUUAAGAUUAAAACAUUUACAUGUUU